GUUCAAUCUUGUGACGUUUUCAAAUGAACCGACAUUAUGGCGUCCAAGUGUUGUCGCUCCGUCUGAAGAAAACUGCGAGGAUGCUGUAGAGUGGAUUAAAACAUUUCAAGCUUAUGGUGGGGCCUGCACUGUCGAAGCUUUGCAGGUAGGUCUAAUAGCAAGGCUUUACAGUCAGGGUUAUCAGCCCUCUAUAAGGUUUAUUAUAUGGACAUUAGACAACUACCGGGUAUAAGUCUGCAAUUUGGGGUAGUUCCUCGGGUAGAGGAGAAGUGAUCACGUGAUCGGCUAGUUGUGUUGUUUGUGGCGUCAGAUAUAACCAAAUCCCUAUCUCUAAGCCUAAUCCUUACCCUAACCCUCACCCUAACCCUAACCCUUACCCUAACCCUUACCCUAACCUCAAAACUAAUCGCUAUAACUAACUGAUGACGUAGUCUGUGAUGCAAAUUCUUCUACCCGAGGAUGUACCCGCAAUUUGAUUGGCUCUCUACUAGCAGGGAUAUAGUUCAUUUCCUGCCUGUAGAAAAAAAAACAAGAUGGCGGCUCAAAAAAUUUUGAACUAGAAAACAGCAAGUUAUGUACUGUUUAUUGCAUUAAACGAGAUAAAAACCGAAUGAAAACACCCCCAGCAAUUGUUUACAGCUUAGCGAAUAAAUUUUAAUAUUUACACUAGUUAAAAAAAUGUAUUUUUUUAAAAAAUAAGCCGAAAGAGCGAAGAUAGGCUAUAAAAACAUGAACAGAAUAUAAUUUCUUGGAAGAAAUUUAAACUGAACUGAAAACAAGGUCAAUUUAUAGAUGUGAAAUCAACAACUAUUUGUUUUGUUUAAAAAGCCUUAAAUAUAUAAAAAAUUCAGGUUUUCAGCAACGUUUGAAGUAUUAUUUAAAGAAAUAGCAGCAGUGCAUGUUUUGUCAGGUUUAGGGCUAGUUGUGUGGAUUGCUAAAUCAAAUAUUAUUGCCACAUAUAUGAGUCUGUGAAUGCAGGACCUAGAGUUAUACAGGGGUAGGUUGCAGAAAAAUUUGUUACCUUGCAGCUUGAGAAUUUGAAGGAAACCAAAUACGUAUGUUGCACAAAAAAAACAUGAACAGAAUAUAAUUUUUUGCGCCUUUUGGAAGAAAUUAAACUGCAUGAACUGAAAACAAGGUCAGUUUAUAGAUGUGAAAUCAACAACUACUUGUUUUGAUUCUUGCUUGGUUCAACAACUAUCAGCUCAUAUACGACUCGAGUAUUUGUAUUUGUAUUGGAGUAAAAGCCAUGCAUGCCAUUGGCAUUGCUGCUUCAAAAAGUAAACCAUGCCUGAAGAUGUAAGCGCACCCUUUUAAAGUCUCUAAGUUUCUAAGAAAAUAUUAAGGUCGAUCCUAAUCUAUUUUUAAUUAAAGGCUGCAUUUCAAGAUCCAGAUGUUCAAGGCAUCUAUCUAAUUACUGAUGGAAAACCCGUAAGUACACGUUUAUUAUACUUAUUUAUUAUACACUAACUUUAUACUCAUUUUGGACGAUAUUGCGAACGUGAUCUACAGGUUUUAAGUUAGCCUGCGUGGCAGGCUGUUUUUUUACGGGCAGCGAAAAUUAGGGAGGCUAGUUUUAAGUCGAUUAUAGACGAGCGAAAUUUUUAUGACAAGUUUUGCUUGCUUGUCGCUAUAGGCAAUUUGCCAAUUUUUACUAUGACAAGUACACACUUGUUCAAAAGCUAGUAUCCAAGCUUUUGAACAAGAGUAUUUGUCAUACAGUAGAAAAAAUUGGCAAAGUAUAAAUUGUGUCAAUUGUGUUCGCCUGUGGAGGUCAACAAAGAAAAUUUGGCAAAGGAAUCUGAGCACUAGCAUGCGCGGUUGGUCAGCAAUCUAUAGUUGUAUUAGUUUAUUAUAGCUAUCUUGGCGCUCAGAAAACCAAAAACUUGUCAUAGAAAAUAUGUUGUACGUACACGUGUACACAUGCAAUUGACAAAGAGUUCAGUAAAUCAUAGAGAUGCGCCUGUAUUCUAAGAGCUCACUCAAACUCACACUCAAUGAGUGGAGGUUCAAUCUGAGCUUCCCUUGAGUGUCAAUGCUGUUUUUGAAUAGCUAGAGGGUGAGUAGUCACAUAGCACAGUACUGCACUAACCCUCUACCUAUUCAAAAACAGCAUUGACAUUCAAGGGAAGCUCAGAUUGAACCUCCACUCAUUGAGUGUGAGUGAGCUUUUAGAAUACAGGCGUAAGUGACCUUACUAUGUGACUACUCACCCUCCAGCUAUUCAAAAACAGCAUUGACACUCAAGGGAAGCUCAGAUUGAACCUCCACUCAUUGAGUGUGAGUGAGCUUUUAGAAUACAGGCGUAAGUGACCUUACUAUGUGACUAUUGAACCUCCACUCACUGAGUGUGAGUGUGCUUUUAGAAUACAGGCGUAAGUGACCUUACUAUGAGACUACUCACCCUCCAGCUAUUCAAAACAGCAUUGACACUCAAGGGAAGCUCAGAUUGAACCUCCACUCAUUGAGUGUGAGUGAGCUUUUAGAAUACAGACGUUAGUGUAUCAAGAUAUGAUGGUCUGGAAACAAGACAAAAGUGUUUGUUAUAUAUUUUUGUCUGAGUUUAUGUUAAUUUUUGCACGGUCACGGUGAUUAAGCUGUAGAUGGCAGCCACGAUGAAUAAUAUUUAUUGAAGUUGAGACAAAGGAUUUGUGCACGGUGUGGUUACAGUUCGACAUCAAACCUUUAGUCUUCUAUUUUGUGGCUUUGCAGUUUGCCGGGAUUCCAAACCAUAAACUUAAAAAUGGCGACUCAUCAGCAAGAUUUUUGUAUCAGAUAUACCAGUUCCUUUCACGGUCACAAUUCGCUUAUUUUUUCUACUUGAAUUGUUUAUAUUAUAUAAUAUUAUAGGGUGCUAGAGGCCUUCUAUAAUAUAGCCUCUCGUAUAAUUUCCCAAAGAAGGAGGUACGCCAAUAUUACGCUCUGGUAUACUUUUUCGUUUUCAAUCAAGUACCACGCAUAAUUUGUUGGAAAAUCACGUGAAAUUUCCAUGCCCAAUACAUUCAAAAGCAUACUUAUAACAGGGUUUGCAGCGGUCUUUGAAAUUCUUGAAAGUCUUCCAGUUUGAAUGCAGGUCUUUAUAAAGGUCUUUGAGACUUUGAAAGGUCUUUGAAUUAUGUGAAAAAGCGAAGAGAAUAAUAAGCUAAUAAAAUAAAUUAAUUGAAGAGCAAGAAUUUCACAAAUAUCGACGAAAAGGCGCAUUUUAGGAUGUGAUUUGGCGGGACUAAUUACCCGGGUGAAAAUGGUGCUUACACUCACAAUUUUUCGACAGCUGAUUGCUCUCAAAGGUCUUUGAAAGUCAGAAAAAAUCUUUGAAAGUCUUUGAAUUUUUUUGGUCUUGGAGACUAUACGAACCCUGCUUAAGUAGGCAUAUGUGUAAGUCUGAUAGAAACAUGACUAGACUCGUAGUUUCAGGUCACUGAAUGAAUAUCUGUUCAAAACUAUACUUUAUGUACUUUAUUUUGAAGACUAAGUACAAUCUGAGUCUUAAAUUUGUGCCAGCUUAAUAAUCAUUGGUGUACAAGCAGGUGGAAAUUAUAUAUGCCUCAUAUUGCAUAUAGGAAAUACGAAUAAUAUCAAGCACGAACGAGACAUAAAGUCCCAUGCAAGGUGUUUACCAUUCUAAAACUAUCAAAACAAUAAAAUAGAACACAAUACAAUACAAAACAGCACAAACAUCAACACACACACACACACACAAGCAUGCAGAGUUGUUCUGUCAUGAAAUUGACGUCAUGACCUUUGGUCAUAUGACUUCGCAUUUCCACGUAUUUUCAGUAGGCAGCCCAAAAAUGCGCGGUAUUUGUCUCUUAUGUAGUCGCCCGGCUUGGAAAAGUUUUGA